GCGGCGCCAAGAUGGACGCUCCGUGGGCCCGGGAGCAGCUCCGGCGGCGGUAUCUGCUGGCGUCGGGCUCUGCGGUCCCGCGGGACGGCGAGGGCCACGCCAGGCCGGGAGCUUCCACAGCUGCCGAGAAGAAGGAGAAACCUCUCCCGAGACUUAACAUCCAUUCUGGGUUCUGGAUUUUGGCCUCCAUCGCUGUGACCUACUAUGUUGAUUUCUUUAAAACCCUGAAAGAGAACUUUCACACUAGUAGUUGGUUCCUGUCUGGCAGUGCCCUGUUGCUCGUCAGCCUGUCGGUUGCACUGUACUGCAUCGUCUAUCUGGAGUGGUAUCGUGGCAUUGAGGAGUAUGACGUCAGAUACCCGGCCCUGAUCCCCGUCACGACCGCUGCCUUCAUCGCGGCCGGAAUAUGAAUCUUCCACCCACUGAUUCACUCCCCACAUGGCUGCCACAGCUGGAAGGAAGCCAGGCUGAAGCCAGGAGCCAAGAGUUUCAUCUGGGCCUCCCACACGGGUGCCAGGGUCCAGACACUUGGGCCACCUUCCACUGCUUUUCCCAGGACAUGAGCAGGGAGCUGGAUCGGAAGUGGAGCAGUGGGGACACAAGCCGGCACACAUGUGGGAUGCUGGCAUUUUAGGCGAUGGCUUUACCCGCUACACCGCCACACCAGCCCCUUCCCCUGAGGUGGGUCUGUCCGUUCUGUGUUGUCUUGUGUUUGGCUGCUCGUGUGCAGCAUUAGGGACAAACCCAUCCACAGCGCCGCACCUGACAGUGGUUGGUGUUUGUCGCCGCGCAGCAGUCCAUAUGACUGAGCCCCAGUUUGUUUGUUUGUUGAUGCCAUUUGGUGGUUCUCCAGUUCAAAGUCAGGAAAGAUACGGCUCAGGACUUCCAUGGGCAGGUUUCUUUGUUUCUCCCUGCACAUGUGCACACAACUCUGUUGGGCAGCUCUACGUGUGUAGCCCUGUCAGAGAGGAGGUGACUGGGCAUGGAUGUGUCAACCUCCAAUUGCAGUGAAUCGCACCCUACAUUUUCCAGAGGGGUGAUACUUUUCUUUUCUUCCUUGUCAGUGGACCCACAUAGCUUGGAAUUCUUCCAUAAUAGUCCAUGUAGAUGUUUUUCAUUUUUUAAACAGUUGCAUGGUUUUCACUUUGGUGACAGGAAUACUGUUCUUUCUCAAUGAAAAAAACUAUCAGCAGCUUAUAAAUUACUACUUUUCAAUUAUUUUUAAUUCUAAAUUUUUAUUUAUUUUCAUUUUAUUUGAAAGGCAGGGAGACAGGUCACAUGCCUGCAACAGCCAGGGCUCGGCCAGGUGGAGCCAGGAGCCUGAACUCCAUCCAGGUCUUGCACACGGACGGCAAGGAGCCUCCCAGGGUGUGCCUUAGCAGAGAGGAGGAGCUGGGACCUGAACCAGGCGCUGUGAUAGGGGACGCGGUGGCCCAAGUGUGGCUUACCCUCUCUGCCAAACACUCCUUCGUUCUGUUGUUGUUGUUUUUUUUUCCUUAAUAUUUAUUGAUUUGAAAGAGUUAUAGAGGGAGUGACAGAGAGAUCUUCUAUCUACUGGUUCAUUCCCAAAGUGGCCGCAACAGCCAGGGCAGAGCCAGGCCAAAGCCAGGAGCCAGGCGCUUCUUCCAGGUGUCUCCCGUGGGUGCCAGGACCCACACUCCUGGGCCAUCUUCUGCUGCUUUCCCAGGCCAUUAGCAGGGCGAUGGAUUAGAAAUGGAGCAGCCGGGACAUGAACCGCUGCCCAUAGGGGAUGCUGACAUUACAGGUGGCAGCUUUACCUGCUACCCCACAACGCCAGCCCCUCAUUCUAGUUCUAGGAGAAAAGUUUUGUCUUUAUUUCCAUGCUGAUUUGAUAGUGUGUGAGGUUAUAAAAGCAGACCCAACCCCUUUUAGCUUAUGUUCCAUUGCAGUCGCUGACUUUAAGAGACUUAAGCGGGCUUUUCUGUUAAGUCGUGCUGACUCCCAUUGAUUCCAGUUCCAAGCACUUUUUAAAAUUUUUUUUUUUUAUUUACUUGAAAGGCAGAGACACAGGUAGAGAGAUCUUCACCCACUAGUUCACUCUCCAGAUGCCUGCAACAGCUAGGAUUGGACCAGGCCAAAGUCAGAAGCCAGAAACUGAAUCCGAGUCUGGUGUGAGUGACAGAGCCUUUCUCUGCUGCCUCCUCGGAUGCACAUCAGGGAGCUGGGCUGUGGAGCAGAGCCAAGACUCAAGCCAGGGCACUGUGGAGUAGACUGAUAGUUCCAGAAGGACAUGAACGUUUUCCAACGUUGGCUAAAUCACGUAUUUGAGAAAUACGAUACAUGGGAAGCUACUGGCUGGACAAACUUUCCCAAAUUAAGUUCUUUAAACCUAGAUUCUAGAACAAAAUAGAGUUGUGUGUGUUACAGCUAGGAAUAACAACUAUUUAAUUUUU